UCUCUGCUUGUCUGUGAUGGACAUGCAGGUGUUUGACCAAGCGCGAGGUGUUCAAUCCAGUCGUUCAUCAUCGUCGUCGAUGCGGGCUUGUCUCCCUUACCGUAGUGUUGUAUCUGUGACCACGCAGGUGACGGACCGGCAUCUUUGCGGGUGUUGAGCGGGAGCGCAUCACGUACUACGUUGCUGUAUUCGUGUCUCGCAGAAACUUCAGCAAUGGGAUUUUGGGACAUCUUUGUCGUGGCGCUGAUGCCUGUUUUGAAGGUGCUCAUCAUCACGGGAAUCGGCCUAGUGCUCGCAUUAGACUGCGUAAAUCUCUUGGGACCAAAUGCUCGGCACUACCUCAAUGAACUCGUGUUCUAUGUGUUCAGUCCUGCGCUUGUGUGCAGCUACUUGGCGGAGACAAUUACCCUGGAAAGCUUGGAGGAACUGUGGUUCAUGCCGGUGAACAUCCUGCUCACAUUCGUCAUCGGAUCGUUUCUCGCUUGGAUAGUUAACAUCAUCGCCAGGACUCCUCAACACUUGCGGGGUCUCGUCAUGGGGUGCUGCGCUGCAGGAAAUUUAGGAAACCUGCUUCUGAUCAUCAUCCCAGCCAUCUGCGACGAGUCGGAUAGUCCCUUUGGAGAUUCGAGCACGUGCACUACCAACGGAGACACUUACACUUCACUUUCCAUGUCGAUAGGAGUGAUCUAUAUAUGGUCUUAUGUCUAUGUCAUCAUACGCAUAUCUGCAAAUAAAGGCACGGGCACGAGUGAUGAGAACGGGAGCAGCAUAAAGUCUUCUGGUCAGACAUCGGAAACCCGCGCCGAGAGUACUACUGAACCGCUUCUUCAUUCCAUUACCCUCGAAGAAGGUUCAGACCCAGUCGAUUCUUCUAUCACGGAGCCCGAGGGAAAGGAAACUUUUCUCCAGAGAAUUAGGAAGAAGGCCAAGAUGCGCACCUGCGGAAUCGAUCUGAGGAUGUUGCUCACUCCGAUAACGAUUGCAGCGAUCAUUGGGUUCGUCAUCGGGAUAGUCUCGCCAAUCCGCGAUGUGCUCAUCGGCGAUGAUGCUCCUCUCCGCUUCAUCGAGAGCUCCAUAUAUUUAGUGGGGGAAGCUUUGAUCCCAUCGCAGACUCUGAUAGUUGGAGCGAACCUCCUCAGAGGACUGCGGAGAUCGGAAGUCAGCGUCGUCAUGAUUCUAGGGAUCGUGCUCGUGAAGUACAUCGCCAUGCCGAUCAUCGGCGUCGGGGUCGUCAAAGCUGCGUCCCAUUUCGGGCUGGUGGGGUCCGACCCGCUGUUCCAGUUCGUUCUCAUGCUUCAGUUCGCUCUGCCGCCCGCUAUGAGCGUCGGUACGAUCACACAGUUGUUCGGGGCUGGCGAGGCUGAAUGCUCGGUCGUGAUGCUGUGGACUUAUGCCAUGGCAGCUUUCUCGUUGACUCUUUGGUCAACCUUCUUCAUAUGGCUCGUGGCCUGAUUUUUCAUUUUUAUUUUCGCACGCAAUUUAUUUUGACACCAGAGUGGCUUUCCGAAUUUUGGGUUUGACUUAAAUUACCU